AUGGUACUUGAUGCCAAAGGUUCAAGCGACAACUCGAUGAUUCUUGCGGGCGGCAUGGAUAAGCAGCUUACAGUGUUCGAUGUUGAAACUGGAAAGAUCACUCGGCGUUGGCGUGGCCAUAACGGUCAAGUGAACAGUGUAGCGUUCAAUGAAGAAUCGACGGUAGCAGUGUCCGGAUGUCAGGAUGGUAUCGUACGGUGCUUUGACAUUCGCGAUAGAAGCGGUUCUCUACAGCAGAUGGAUGAAUCCACAGAUGCUGUUUUGACGGUGGAUGUCAGUUCGCACGAAAUUGCUUCUGGUUCGGCAGACGGCAGUGCUCGAAUCUACAACAUUCGUGACGGAAAAAUGACCGACGGUGAAUUUUUUUUUCUUCAGUAG